CUUGCGUCUGUCUCGAGGUCUUUCCGGCGAAGGGUUCUCUCGGCGCGCGGACAGAGAUGGCGGCGGCGGCGGCGGCGGAGACGACGGGGCCGGCACCGGCGAAGGAGGAUUUGGAGAAAAAGGUGGAGCUCAUGAAGGAGAUACGGGCGCACGAGGUGGCGAUCGCGGAGCUCCAGAACCUGCAUCCUUCCCGGGCGGUGUACCAGAAGGCCGGCAACAUCUUCUUCCGCAAGAGCGUCAAAUCGGUGGUCACGAGGGAGCAGAAGCAACUUGACCUGGCGAAGGCUGGGUUGAGCAAGCUGAACCAGGCCUGAGGAAUGUAGGAUGGCACCAGCUCCUGCAAAUGUUGGCUCUUGCAAGUUGCAACACAAUCAAGCAUUCAAGAACACUUUUCCAUCGCCUCGUUGCUCAUGUUGUGCCUUGUGGACCUAAUCCAUGUGUAAUGCUACUCAUUUUUUGCUUGAGAAUGUGAGAUACAAAUAUGCAGUUCCACUAGCUUUUCUGUAGUGUUAUAGUGAUGCGACUACAGUUUUGCUGAUUGCAAACAGGGAUAGGAAACAAAUUAUGUGAGACCGACCAAUGUAGAGGUUGUUUUAGUAAAGGGUUGUUACUGCCUGGUCUGAGGUUGGAUGUUGUUAUUGAAGUAGUUUGCCCUGCUGAUUGCGGUCCUGUCAA